AUGUCCACGCAACACUACUACAAGAAUAAAUUGGGCUUCGACCCUAAGGAAAACUCCUACAAUGGCCCACCGCAGGAAAAGUACAGGAGAACUGUGACUGACGAUAAACCUCAUGGUUACGAGGAAAACCUAACCAAAUUUAAAGGUACUAUAUGGGAUUUAUUUGUACAGGCUACUUCAGAUGAACGAGAUGCCGUCCAAAAGAAAACCUUCACGAAAUGGGUUAACAAACAUCUCAAAAAGGCUAGGAAAAAUAUUCUGGAUUUAUUUGAAGAUUUAAGAGAUGGACACAACUUGAUCACUCUCUUGGAAGUUCUAACUGGCGAACAACUUCCAAGGGAGAAGGGUCAGAUGAGAUUCCAUAUGCUGCACAACAUAGACACUGUUUUAAAUUUUCUAAGAUACAAAAAAGUCAAACUAGUAAACAUCAGAUCCGAAGAUAUUGUUGAUGGAAAUCCAAAGUUAAUUUUGGGGCUCAUAUGGACAAUCAUUCUCCACUUCCAGAUAUCCGAUAUAAUUGUCGGACAAGAGAGCAACGUUUCGGCCAAGGACUACUUGCUACGAUGGGCCAAACAAACUACACACAAGUAUCCUGGAGUCACCGUCAAGGACUUCUCCAAGUCUUGGAGGGACGGUCUGGCGUUCAGCGCCAUCUUGAACAGGAACAGACCGGAUUUGCUCGACUACAGGCAUGCGCGUAACCAGAGGCCCAGAGAACGUAUGGAACGCGUUUUCUAUCUUGCAGAAAAGGAGUACGGAGUCACCAGGCUUUUGGAUCCAGAAGAUGUUGACACUCACGAACCAGAUGAGAAGUCACUCAUCACUUACAUUUCCUCUUUGCACGAAGUUUUCCCAGAACCGCCCCAAAUCCACCCCCUAUACGACCCCCAGGCUCAGGAGCGCGUCCACGAAUACAGGGAAGUUGCCACCAAACUUUCCAUAUGGAUGCGCGAGAACUAUAGCUUGAUGCAAGACAGAUCGUUCCCUGCCACGCUAAUCGAGAUGAAAAAGCUGUCCACCGAAUCGGACAGGUUCCGUACGGAAGAGGUCCCGCCUCGUCAAAGAGACAAGGACUUCUGCCACAGGUUGUUCAGAGAUCUGGAGAAGUACUUCAAGAGCGUGGGCGAGGUGGACAUCGAGCCCGAAUUGCACAUCGACAACAUCGAACGAAACUGGCAACGUUUGAUGCACGCGCACCAAGAGCGCGAUCGCUACAUCAAGGAAGAAAUCAGGAGGCUCGAGAAGUUGCAGAAAUUAGCCGAGAUGGUUCAUAGAAACAUAAAACAAACGGAUGCCAAUCUAGACACGAUCGAAAUAAACAUUGAAACCGAAUCGAGAAAAAUCGACCGCAUGCACUUGCUGGAAGCGAAGAAGGUGGCCGACCAAAUUGACCAAGAUCUGGCGAUGACAGAGCAAGACAUACAAACCUUGAAAACCGACGUGGGCACUCUGAGAAGCGGCCGUUACCCGCAGGCAAACGAGCUCGACAGGAAGGUGGACAAGCUCCACGAGAAGUGGGUGAGCCUCAGGCACUUGCUGCACAACAAGAUCGUCGGGCCUCUGUCGAACAUGAGCGUUCCGGUCGAGGAGAGAACUGUCACUAAACACAUCCGCAAGGUGCAGGAAACGAUCAACGUGGACACCAACCCGCACUUCCGGUCUCUGCAAGACCACAUCGAGUGGUGCAAGAUGAAGCUGAAGCAGCUGAAGAAGGCCGACUACGGCAGCGACCUGUCUUCCGUCCAGACGGAGAGAGACGUCCACCAACGCGAGCACAAAGUCAUCGACCAGUUCCACUCCAAAGUGGAGGUUGCCACGCAAGCGAGGCAAUACUUCAACGGCGAGGAGUUGAGUUUGUACAAUCAACAUUUAGGGCAGCUUCAGAAGAUCUACGCGGAACUGUUGACUUUCUCUACCAACCGAAUGACAGAUUUGGAAACCCUUUUGGAUUUCAUCCAGUCCGCCACCAAUGAGCUUCAAUGGUUGAACGAGAAGGAAGAGAUCGAAGUUACCAGGGACUGGAGCGACACCAAACUCAACGUGGUUGCUGUCGAGAAAUACUACGAGCACCUUAUGAGCGAUUUGGAGAAACGCGAGAUCCAAUUCAACUCCGUAUUGGAACGCGGCGAGUGCUUGGUGCUGCAAAACCACCCGGCAACCAAGGCUAUCGAGGCCCACGUUGCCGCGAUGCACGCCCAAUGGGCUUGGCUCCUGCAGCUGACCCAUUGCCUGGAAACGCACCUCCAGAACUCCAGAAACUACCAGGUGUUCUUCAAGGACGUCCACGCGGCCGAAGAGUGGAUAAAAGAGAAAGACGAGAUCAUGAACAGCGAGUUCAGCCAAGGAGACUUCACUUUGGACGUGGGCGAGAGAUUGCUGCAAGGCAUGCAGGCUCUGAGAGACGAGUUAAAUCAGUUCGGCGAUCAGGUGCAAGCUUUGAGCAACAGAGCGCAAGAUAUUGCGCCGUUGAGGCAACGCAGGCAACCUGUCACCAGGCCACUCACUGUUACUGCCAUUUGCAACUACAAACAAAAUAACUUUGUAAUCGAGAAGAACAGGGAGUGUACUUUGACAGACAACUCCGGCCGCAUUAAGUGGAGAGUGCACAACGACAGCGGCGUUGAAGCCCAAGUGCCUGGCGUUUGCUUCGUAAUCCCGCCGCCCGACAAAGACGCUCUAGACGCAGUCGAUCGUCUGAGAAGACAAUACGACAGGUCCAUCGCCUUGUGGCAAAAAAAGCAACUGAGAAUGAGACAGAACAUGAUCUUCGCCACCAUCAAAGUCGUCAAGGGCUGGGAUCUGCCGCAGUUCAUUGCCAUCGGCGCCGAGCAAAGAAACGCGAUCAGAAGGGCUUUGAACGAAGACGCCGAUAAAUUGAUCGCGGAAGGAGAUCCCUCCGACCCGCAGUUGAGACGGUUGAGGAGAGAAAUGGACGAGGUUAACCGUCUCUUCGACGAACUGGAGAAGAGAGCGCGCGCUGAGGAGGAAAGCAAGAACCAGACGCGCAUUUUCAACAACCAGAUCUCCAAUCUGCAGCAGAUCUUGGAGGAGGCGGAAAGAGUGAUCAACAAACGCGUGGCGGCUUCUUUGCCGAGAGAUAUCGAUACCCUCCAGCAUUUGGUUUUGGAACAUAAGGAGUUCGAAUCGCGAUUGCAGAACGUCGAACCUGAAAUAGAGCAGGUGAAAGACACCUUCAGGUUGAUCACUUUGAAGACUUCUCAGCACAAGAAGGAUUUGGAAAAGGUGCUCAACAAGUGGAAGUACAUCUGGGACACCAGCAAUCUGUACAUUGAACGGUUGAAGUGCAUCGAAAUCGUUCUCUCCGGAAUGGAAGACGCCUCGCAGGUGAUAUCGGAGUUUGAGCACAAACUGGCGAUGUUUGAGGAACUUCCAAACACCAAAAAGGGACUAGAAGCUGUGCACGACCAACUGUUGAAGCUGGAAUCCGCCGUUGGUCAACAACAAAUCGCCAUGGACCAAUUGAACGACGAUUUCGACAAUACUAGACGUCUCACUGAGAAAUCGCGCCCGAAUACUCGCGGGCCCCAUUCGGACGUGGAGAGGCUGGACAAGGACGUGCAAAAGUUGAACGGUAGGUGGAGUAACGUGUGCUCUCAGCUGGCCGACAGGCUGAGAGGCUGCACGCAGGCCUACGAGUUGCUGAAGAACUACAAAGAGGCCAAGCAAGUUGAAGAUGGCUGGUUGGACGAGCAGUACGGUAAAUUGGAGAACAUGCAGCCCAUCAAGGAUAGAGCGAAAGACACUCUCGACGCGACAAGGAAUCUGCUAAAUAGCGUGACCGAACGUACCCCCAAAAUUGAACAAGUUAAUGUCAAUGGCGGUAGAUUUAUAAGGGAAGGAAAGAUAUGGAGCAAGGGGCUGCAGAGGUUCCGGGAGGCGAUGAUAGAGGCGCAGCCGUCGCUGGACGCCAACACCGCCUUCCGCGGGGACAGGUCGCCGGCGGCGCCCAACGGCGCCGACCAGGUCGUCGUUGAACUCGACCACUUCAACCAGCGGUACCAGUUCCUUCUGGACGCCCUGUACGACAGGCUCAGGGAGAUCGCUGCCAAAUGCCCGGGAGAUAUCGUCACUCUGAGGCUCGUUGAACAAAUGGAGCCACAGCCAUUCAAAACCUUUAGAACUGAGUUCCACAUGAGUAGUGCGAACGAACUAACCUCUACAUAUACUACAUCCACCCACUACAGCAAGCAGUAUACGGAAACGAGGUCGUCGCGCACGGAAAACGGAACCACCAUAAAAAUAACCGACGAUUCGAACUUCGCAAAAGACGAAACGGACAAGAUAACGAACGGCCGUCCGCCGGACAGUUACACGACGCGCACGCAGAUCACGCAGGAGCCCUCAUGGGAGACCAUGAAGUUCACCGAGAUAAAGUCCCUGAAAAGGGUGCACAAAGUGAACGAGGGCAUCGGCACCGACAGCAUCAUGGACGUCGCCGGCAUCGUGAAUCCGUACACCGGCGAGUGGAUGGCGAUCACCGAAGCGAUCGAGUCGAGGAUUUUGGACGUGAGAACGGGAAAAGUGGUCGCGUACGCCGACGGCGCGCAGCUGUCGAUAGACGAGGCGCGAGGCAAGGGCCUCGUGCAGCCCGUGAUCGCGGAGGCGUUGCAAAGCCCUUGCGGCGUUACCGAGUAUGGCAGGAAUUUGACUCUGCUUGAGGCCAUACAGCGGAGUCUUUAUGUAGCGGAGCACGGAGCGACGGAGAAACGCGUUAAGGUAACUCACAGCACCACUAUCGAUCAGGCCAUAAGCGAGGGCAGAAUCGACGUCAAACUGGGCACGUACAAGCUAGACAGCGGGGAGGUCGUAGACAUACAGGAGGCGUUCAAGAAGGGCUACCUCCUGCAAGUCAGGGAGAUCAAGUUACAGACCGGGGCGGUGCCCCUCUACGAUGCCAUCAAUCAGGGUCUGAUCGACGAAAGGACCGGUUGGAUUGUGGACAGGAAUUCCGGCAACAAGUAUCAGAUAAAUGCGGCCAUCAACUCCAACGUUAUCGACGGUGACGUUCGCGAAAUCGUCGACCCCAAAACCGAUAGUAAAGUGACUGUGAUCGAGGCUAUCGACAAAAGUAUUAUUAAUCCUAAAUUGGGCAAGUACGUGAUGGGUCACGAGAAAAUUAGCUUUUUGGAAGCCAAACGUAGGCAGUUAAUAGUAAAACCCAAGUCCCUUAAAGAAAUAGUAGACGAUAACUUAAUAGACCAGCAAGGUCUCAUAUUCUCCCCUUUGAACCAAGAAAAAAUUACUUUGCUCGAAGCGGCUAACCGAGGCGUUUUAGAUACAGAUUCAGUCAAGUCCAUUUUAGAUUUUAGGAAAAAUGAGUUAGUCACGUUAAACGAGGCGUUAACCGAAGGUAUUAUUUUACAUGACAGUACUUUUAGAAACUCCGUAACUGGAGAAAUUAUUCCUAUUCCGGAAGCGGUGCAUAGAGGUUAUAUUUAUUCAGUAGUUAGGAAAUCAAUUUUUGAUGUCGAUGGUUUCAAGCCAUUAGACAAUAAAGAUUAUGUGAGCUUUAAUGCAGCAAAUUCUAAAGGUUACAUUAGCAAAAAAGAUGGUGGUAGUUUGUUAAUGAACAAAAAGAGCGGUAAACUUCUUCCAUUCACUGAGGGCUUGCAAUCUGGCGAGGUAAAGCCCGCGGUGUAUGAAAACUUGAUAAAAAAAAUCGGUAUAAUGGAAAACCAAGAGGAAUUAACUGUAUUAGAGGCCGUGUUUCGCGGCUACAUCGAUCCAAAAACAGGUAAUCUUAUAGAUAUAAGUAAAAAUAAGGUAGUUUAUCUUAACGAUGCUAUUGCGCAACAUUUAAUAACCCCAGAAGGUGCCUCUCUAUUAAAUACUUUGCUUAAUGUUAAUGUUAACACUCAGGUUACUUCUACUGUAGUUCAAAGAUACGUUACUGUAACUAAUAAAGAAAUUAAACCCACUAUUAUUACAUACACCGAAGCCCUUAGAUCUGGACUGAUCAAUAACGACAACCAAACUUACAAAGAUCCCGAAACCAAGGAAAUUAUUCCAAUAGUGCAGGCCAUCAGCGACGGAAAACUGGCGCCCGACGCUGAAAGUUCCAAUUUGACAAUCAAUACCGGUGCUAUUCCUAAGAAACCCUCCUCCACUGUAAUUACAAUUGUUAGCAAAAAAGAAACAUCCCUCCCCAAACAAGUAUCCCAUCACACGUCCACGUUUACCACAGAUUUUAUUACCAACGAAAAAGCUGCUUUAGAAAAACAAGUUUACGAACUCCCAGUUGAAGGUUGGUCUUUAAGUGAUGCAAUCAGUCAUAAAGUUUUCGAUCCUGCCACAGGAUUGUUUAUAAUCCCCGGUACGGACCGAUUGACGAGCUUCGAAGAAUGCGUAAAUCUCAAAAUUAUAAAUCCUUCUUCCGCGACGGUUGUGGAUAAGGUUAACAACCGCAAAAUAAGCCUUACACGCGCCCUGGAAAAGAAAAUUUUGGACUCCACGGGACAUUAUAUCAACGAACACAACCAGAAAAUACCUAUGACAGAAGCGAUUGCCCAUAAUUACAUUAUUCUAGAGCAACCCAUGGAAACCGACCAAUCAAGUCAAAGGCUCCUUCAAGUCACCAAACUGAGCGGCCAACCUGAUAAAGUGGAAGUUUCGAGUGUUAUAGAUAAAAAUCCACCGUCAUACACCGAACUGAAGAACGUUGAAAUAAAAACGGCAGAACCCAUUGAGGUUAAACCUGGGGUUAUCUACGAUCCCACCAGUGCUCUUGUGAUAUGCCCAGCUUCGAAUGAAGCCACAAAUUUGGUGGCGGCAGUUUUAGAAAACAAAAUUCCGAAUCAGGCGGUUACAGUUAAAGAUCCGACGACCGGCAAAGCUAUCAAUAUUAAUGAAGCUGUAAGAAGGAAUAUAGUCGACCCCAAAUCGGGAGACUACACCGACAAGGCAGGCAGGAAAAUAAAGCUAAAAGACGCCGCCAAAUUUGGCAUACUAACAGUGGUUGGCGCUCCUAUCGUUGCUGGGCAGGCUGUGGUAAAAGUGGUUAAGAAAGUAUUCGUAAGUGACCCGACCACCGGCGAAGAAAUUCCAGCCGAGCAGGCUUUGGAAAAAGGUAUUAUUGACAAACCUACUUACGAUAAAAUUCAAUCUGGCCAAGCCACUCCCACAAUAUCCAAAGCCACUGUUGAAGAAAUUAAAGAGAAACCAGGCAGUACUACAAACGUUAAAGUACUCACAACGGAAUGCAUAUAUCUGGAUGACGAGGAUAUGCCUUCGGAAGCCGAGAAAACGAGGGCUAGAAUAACGAUAGAGCCAACCUACAAGGUUAAAAUAGGCAGAGCGCAAUCGUUGAGUCCCGAACGCGAAGCCAAACAGGUGGUUUUGCAAAAGUUACGUAAAAAGAUUAUAAAACCCAAAGAUGCCGUGGAAAAAGGAAUAAUAGAUCGCGAUACCGCGAAAAUAUUGGAAGAAAAAGAAAUAUUCACGGCACCGGGUGGCGAGACUCUAACAUUGCAGGAAGCCUUGGAAAAUAAUAAAGUGGACGGCAACAAAGGUAAGAUAGUGGAUCCUCAAAGAGGCGAUUUGGUGAACAUAAACGAAGCCAUUUCGCGUGGUAUUCUGGACCCAGAGGGUACGAAUGACUUGUUGGUGCCUUUAAAUCGUAGCCUUUCCAUUCCCGAAUUAUUCCAUCAGGGUCUGAUCGACCCUGAAAGUCAGAAAGUAGUCCAUCCAGAAACAGGUGCUCACCUGAGCAUACGUGAAGCGAUUGUCUGUGAUAUUGUAGAUCCGUUAAGUACUUUAGUUAAAAAAUCCGGAGACAAGGUAACUUUAGGUAGGGCUCUGGAAACGGGUGUAGUUGAUGAUGAGAAAUCGACGGUAGAAACGUCAAGCGGAAAUGUUGCUUUACAACGCGCCAUAAACGAAAAUGUGUUCGACGAGUCGAUGCCUUCUGGUCCAGAAAGUAUUCCGCCGGCUGGAAUGACAUUCCCGGUUGCUGUGAAACGAGGUUUAGUGGAUUCGGAUAAGAAAGAAAUAACCCAUCCUAUAACCAAGCAAACCAUUCCCAUAAAAGAAGCCAUAAACAAAGACUUUAUAAUGACAGUGCCUUUCCCUGUGAGUCCCGAAUCCAUUCCUAUCGACGACGCAUUAGAGUCGAAACUUCUUGAUCUUGAAAAGGGUACAUUUACAGUGCCUAGCACGGGUGAGUUAUUACCGAUUUCCGAAGCAAUCGAAAAAGGUUUGCUUAUUAUUAAACACCCUUCGGAGGAUGUGCGUUUUACAAAUACAUCACCACUUAUUACCACAACCACUGUAACAAACAACACCACACAUACAGUUACAACGAAAACUAUUUCAAUUUUAUCUGGUUACGCUUUACUAAGCACAAAAGAUGUACAAAACUUGAGUACCGGUGAGAUAAUACCGUACGAAGAAGCCAUAAAACAAGGUAUUAUUUCCGAUGUUAAAGAAUCCACCAACAAAACUACCUUGAAGGAUAUACAAAUGUCCUUCUCCGAUGCUCUUAACAAAGGAUUGGUGGAUAUGAAAGAUGGCAUGUAUACCCAUCCAACGUCUGGAAAGAAAAUACCGAUAAAAGAGGCAUUACAAGAUGAGAUUUUAUUGGCGACGCCACAAGAAUCUAUACAAACAGAAACCUCUACCAAGGUUAGCGAAAUGACGAUUGCUGAAGCAUACGAUACCAUUUACGACCAGACCACAUGUACUUUUGUCGAUCCUAAUGAUAAAACUGCUAAAUUGACAUUUAAAGAGGCAUUGGAAAAAGAAAUAAUUGAUCCCAAUUCCAUUGUUUACGACGUAAAUUCACAAAAACCUGUAACUGUAGGGCAAGCUGUAGAGAAAGGUCUUCUAGAUCCAAAAACCGGCAAAGUCAAAGAUUCAAAAUCGGGCAAGAGCAUCGAUUUUAAAGAUGCUGCCAAGAAAGGCCUUAUUGCUGUAGUCGGUGGUGUAGCUUUGCCAUUUGCACUUCCAGUUCUGGCUGGUGCAGCGGCUGUUAAAGCAGUAAAAGAACAUGUUGCAAAGAAGAAAGAAAAAGAUCUUGAAAAGGUGAAAACUGCACCCAUUAAAGAGCCAAUAAAAUCCACUGUGGUAAUUACUAAGAUUGAAGAACCAGUUCUGGGUGCCAAACAUUUGACUCCAAUUCCCAUUGGAGAUGCUAUCUCUCAGAACAUUAUAGAACCCAAAAUAUGCAGCAUUAUUUACCAAAAUAAUACUUUACCUUACACGAUACAAGAUGGUUUGGAUCAAAAUAAAAUUACAAUGCUCGAUAAAAUAUUGGUUUACAACAAUCAUACUGUUAAACUUGUUGAAGUGACUACCUCAGAAUUGGUUGUGAUAUCCAAAUACCUAACACCAGCAAAAUUGUCCGAACUGGGUUAUUUUGAUCUUAAGACUAGAAUGUUCUUUGACCCCAAAACCGGUCAACAUAUAACCUUUGAGACUUUGAUUUAUGAUUUGGGUGUGUUUGAUCCUGAUAAAAUUUUGGUCAAAGAUUUAACCAAGAAAACUCCAAAUUACGUAACUUUGGAUGAAGCCAUGCAAAGGCCUUUAAUCGAUCGCAAAACCGGAUACAUGGUUGAUCCCAGAACGGGUAAAAAAAUCUCCUUCUUUGAAGCUGUUAAAAUAAGAUGGAUAAUCCAUGUUAAUGAUUUACCUAAAACUAAACACCAACCUUUAACUUUGACAGAAAUUGUAGAAACUGAUCAGUUUGAUCCUGAAACCAUUACUAUUACAUCAAACAAUGAAAAAUUACCGCUUAUAAAAGCUAUUACUUCAAAUGUGGUCGAUCCAAAGUCAGUAACCAUUAGAGAUCCUAAAAAUAUGCAGUUGGUGCCGUAUUACGAAGCAGUAGAUAAAAGCAUUGUAGACCCACAACGAGGCCUUUUAGUGAACACAGCAACACAAAAAACCAUUUCGUUCCACGAGGCCUUCACCUCAGGAUAUGUUUUGGCUAUUCCUAAACCCAUAUCUUUACAAGCAGUAAUACAUAAAGGUUUGUACGAUUCCAAUACAGGCAAAUUUACUGACGUUUUGACAAAGAAACCCAUAACCGUUGUGCAAGCCAUAGAAAGACAAAUUAUUGACGAUAAAAUAAGCGAAGUUAAAGAUACCAAAGCGGGUGAUUUUGUUUCUCUAGAGAAUGCCAUUAAAUCAAAUUUAGUAUUGUCGAAUGAAGGUAAAGUUAAAGAUACUACAACAGGGGCCUUAAUACCGUUUGAUAAAGCAUUAGAAAUGAACAUUAUUAGAUCCAAACCAAUAGUAUUUAACCUGCUUCAAGCUAUAUUAUUGAAUUACUACAAUCCAGGUACAGGUAAAAUAUUAAAUCCGAUAACCGGUGACGAAAUUACAUUGCAAAAAGCUAUUGACUGUAAAUUGAUUGAUACAGAAACAACUAAAAUAAAAGAUGAUAAACGUGGUAAAAUAGUGGAAAUUAACGAAGCCAUCCAGAGUCAUUUGGUUGACGCUGAAAAAGGUAUUUUAACCAAUCCAAUAUUGACAUUAGAUCAGGCUUAUCUUAAAGGUUACAUCCUUAGCACAGUGUUGCCGUGGUCCUUACAAGAAACCUUGGCGCAAAAAGUUUACGAUCCCAAAACCGGCCAAUUCACUAUUGACACAAUGAGCGUAACUUUAGUGCAAGCCAUAGAGGGCGGUAUUGUAAACUCCAACAUUUUAACGGUUAAAGAUCCAAGAUCCGGUGAUAUAAUCACCCUAAACGAUGCGAUUAAGCUUAAAAUCAUCGAUCCCGUUAAAGGCCAAGCCUUCGAUCCCCUAGCAAACGUUGAAAUGAACUUUUACGACGCGCAAGACAGAGGCCUCAUUGUUCCAUACAAAACCCAAAUCACUUUACCUGAGGCCGUGUUCAAAGGCUUCUACGAUCCAACAACCGGUAAGUUUAUCAAUCCUAAGAGUAAAGAGCGUCUUAAGGCGUCCAGUGCCAUCAAUCGCGGUUACGUUGACACAGAUUCCACCUUAGUUACGAUUGAUGAAGAGAUUGUUACGUUCGAGCAAGCAGUCACUGAUGGUUUGAUAGACACAAACGAAGGUGUCAUUUUGAGUAACAGGCACGAGCCAAUCGACUUUAACGAAGCCUUUGAACGUGGUUUGUUGGUGGAAAUCCGCCCUCCAAUCCCGUUGAGCGAGGCUCUAUCCAUCGGUAUAUACGACAAAGAUUCCCAAAUGUUCCUGGAUCCUCACUCGGGUUCGUUCUUAACCUUGAUCGAAGCAAUAGAAAUUAAACUGAUAGACGCGGAGUCGGUAAGCGUGAAAGAUACAAGGGUCGGUAUUUGGCGCAAAAUUCCGCUUGUAGACGCAAUUCUCAAUAAUUACGUCGACGGAAACACGGGGCAAGUUAAAGACUUUUCUAAAGGGGAUAAUUACGAAGUUUCCUUACAAAAAGCUUUCGAUUUGGGUAUACUAGUCGAUAAUAAGGCUGCGCACUCCUUACAGCGUGCCAUACAUCAAGGUUUGUAUGAUGAAAAUACUGGUAAAAUCCUGGACCCCAGCACCGACCGCAAAAUAACCUUACACGAAUCAAUUCGCAAAUAUAAUAUCAACCCGUCAUUACCUUGCUAUUACGAUAAGAGGCAAGGCGUUCUUUACAGCUUAACUGAUACUUGCAGGUUGGGAAUAAUUGAUAAACUUAGCGGCACAUUUAAAGUGCCCCAUUCGGAAGAAACAAUAAAAUUAUCCGAAGCUCUUAAUAGAGGCUUAAUUGUGGAUAUUGAAACUGCAAACUUCGGUUUAUACGAAGCCCUCGCAAUGGGUCUUUACCUACCUGAAGAGAGCGUUUUCAUACACCCGGCUACGGGACGCAAGUUCACUCUUCAAGAGGCUUGCGAAAACGAAUUAGUAAACCCUGUAAAUUCUAUAGUGAAAAACACGCAAACGAAUAAGUACGUAAAAUUGCCAGAAGCGAUUCAAGCCAAAAUUAUUAACGAUCAAGAAAGCGUAUACGUUUUUCCGCAUGGUAAAUCGAUUGAUCUUCUAAGUGCCAAACAAAAAGGUUUGAUAGUAACAGCACAUACACCCUUAACUGUUGAAGAAGCGGUUCAAAAUUGUUUGUACAGACCCGACUCGGGCAAAUUCGCUGACCCAGUGAAUGGAGAGUUUUACGAUUUAAGACAAGCUCUUAAGAUUAAAUUUAUCGAUCCUUAUACCACUGCCCUCAGAGAUUUGACAAAUAACAGCGUUAGGUCGUUGCCAAUUGCCAUCGAGCAGGGUAAAAUCGACGUUGAAAAAGGUCGUGUUCUAGAUUCGAAAUCGAAGAAAACUUACAACUUUGAUGAGGCGUUAAAGAAGGGUCUCUUAAUUACUUUAGAUAUACCUCUAGAAGAAGAAAUCGUUAAGAAAGUAGUAGAUCAACAAACUGCCACUAAAACGUCUCGGGAAUGCACUUUAGAGGAAGCCAUCAACUUUGAAUUACUAAAUCCGAAUGUCGCGGUUACAAAAGACUUGCAAAGCGGUCGUUUUAAAACAGUCCAAGACGCACUUGACGAUAAACAACUAGACAAAGCUAAAAUGGUUGUUUUCGAACCUCAAACUCUUAAAGUAACUUCUGUAGUGAUCAUUUACGAUCAAAAUUCUUUAAUAUAUUUGAAAGAGCCUUUAACUUUCUCGCAAGCCAUCGAAAAAAAUCACCUUGACGUAAACACGGGUAAAUUUACUGAACCACAAUCCAACGAAAUCCUUACCCUGAAAGAUUCCAUCAGUUUGGGGUACAUCGACCCGGAUACCGUUUUAAUUAAAGACGCGAAUAAAAAGAAACUGAUCAAGUUACCCGACGGCUUCAGGAAGGGCCUCAUUGACGCCGACAAAGGCAAUGUCCUAGACACUGAGACCUCCAAGUUGCAUACCAUGCCAGAUGCCCUAGACAGCGGUCUGCUGAUAACACCAAACAGAGGUUUUACUCUUAUAGAAGCCACGAUUUAUGGCAUUUAUAAUCCGACAACUGGGUGCUUUAACGACCCGUUCGUCACCACAGACAUAAUUAACAGGAGAAAGAUCACUCUUGGCAAUGCCAUACAAAAUCAUUUGAUUGAUCCUAGCAGCACCGUCGUUAAAAAUACGGAAAGCGGGGCAGUUGUGCCUCUACUAAACGCCAUACAGGACAAACUAGUCGACCCCGUGGCAGGAAAAAUUAACGACGUCAGCGAAAAGAAAGACAUUGAUUUCGUUAAGGCCUACCAAAGGGGUUUGUUACUUCCAGCCGAACAAUGGCAAGUAGUCGAAGAAAAAUACAAGCUCUGCGACGAAACCCUUUCGAAGCUUUUGCAAUGGAUCGGUGACGUGGAGAGCCGCAUAGCCAACCAGGAUGUGAUCCACGAGCACGAAGAAGAGCUGCGCAACCAGAUAAACACGAUGAAACAGAUCCGCGACGACCUCGAUCAGCAUUCCAGUCCUGUGGCGCACUGCGGCGAACAAGUUCGCCAGCUGGUUCUCACAGCCGGAGAUAUCCUCUCCAAGAGCGAUGUGUCUGCGUUGGAAAAGAGCUCGCGCAACCUUAAAACUCGUUACGACAGCGCUGUGGACCGCACCGGUCGCUUGCUGACCAAAUUGCUCUCCAGCAGAGAUGAACUUUCCAAGCUCAGAGGAGAACUUAAGAUCUUCUCCGAUUGGUUGGGCAAGGCGCGCAGGACACUCGAAGAUAAAGAAAGAGCGCUCAGCGAUCUGCAAAGGCUGGAUACCAGCGCCGAUGGUGUUAAAGAGUUCGUUAGCGAUGUUAUAUCGCAUCAAGCUGAUUUACGUUUUAUCACCAUCUCGGCGCAAAAGUUCGUCGACGAAGGAAAGGAUUAUCUUACCAUCUUGAAUAACAUCCGCACCUCGAUGCGGUUGCACAACAUCGAGCCUCUCUCCUCCCAAGAAUCUCCGGUUCGUAAAGACGUAUCUCUUGUUACGCAACAAUACAGAGAUCUUAUGGCUCGCGCCAACAAUUUAUCCGACCGUCUAUCGGGUGUUGGAGGGAUGCAAAGAGAUUACUCCGAUGCCUUGGACAAAGCCAGAAAAUGGCUCAGAGAUGCCGAACCAAGAGCAAACAAAUUGCUUAACGAACCCAUCGCUGGAGAUCCAAGAACCGUCGAAGAUCAACUUACAAAGGCUAAGGCUCUUAACAACGAGUUUGUUGCCAAUGGUCGUCUCAUCGAUAAUGCUAAAUACGCUACCAACUCCUUACUGAAAUCCCUGGAAGGUCAGCUUUCGCCAUCUGAUAUAACUCGCCUGGAAGAACCAGUUGUAGAUCUAACAAACAAGUACAAUCAACUCAGCAAUGCUUUGGCGAACAGGUGCCAGGAACUCGAUACUGCUCUCGUCCAAUCUCAGGGAGUGCAAGAUGCCCUUGACGGCAUCAUUGACUGGCUGAAUCAAGCCGAAAGCUCGUUCAAAAACAUGCAAAGACCUGCAUCCCUCAUCAAAGAACGUCUGGAAGAACAGCUACGCGAACACCGCGUCUUCCAAUCCGACAUCGAUACGCACAUUUCAUCAAUCGAUUCGGUGUAUUUGUCUGCUAGCGAACUGAUUAGUUCUUCCAGCAACGCUCGCGUCUCCAAACAAAUCGAAUCCAAACUGAAUGACGUCAAAGCCAGGUUCGAGAAGCUGUUCGACCGCACGCAGAAACGCGGAGUCUUUUUGGAGGAAGUCAAUCACAACUUGGGCUCGUUCAACAACCAAGCCACCGAAUUCGAGCACUGGUACUCCGGAAUCAUGGAGAUGAUCGAUUCUCGCGAUUUCUCCAAGCUUUCCAUUGAGGAUUACGCUAGUCGCAUGAGUCAAAUUGCGGCCCACAGGGACGGAAAGCAACAAUUGUUCGAAGAAGCCAUCCGCACCGGAAAAGAUCUUCUUAACAAACGCGAUGUCACUGACACCUCCAACGUUAGAGACAGAGUCAAGGCCAUGGAAAACCAAUGGAGAGAACUUAGCAGUAUGUUGGACGAGAAGGCUAGGUUGUCCAAACUGAGAUCCGAACAGCUGAACUCUUACGAAUCCUUGAGAGAACAAGUCAACGACUGGCUGUCCAGAAUGGAAACCAGAGUUUCAAGACUUGAAGUCGUUGCCGUUGAUAUCGAGACGUUGAAGAAGCAAAACGAAGAAUUGAAACCCAUCGCUAAAGAUUAUAGAGAUUUUGGACCCACCAUCGAUAAAAUAAACGAUGUUGGCAACGCAUACGAUAACUUAAUCAGAAGUGACAGGCCUGACUCUCCUUCAAGGCGCCGUGGCGCGUACAGUCCCACCAAACGUCCAUCAUCAAAUCGUCGCCCCUCUCAAGACGGUCGCUCACCAUCGCCAACUAAAGGCUUGAGCCCGUUGUCAACAGGUGGUUCGAGCGGAUUCUCGUCUCGCAGAAGCAGCCAAGAUGGCUUCCACUUGGAAGAACUGUCUCCAGUUCAGCAGCAACUUUCCGAAAUCAACAACAGGUACUCGUUGUUGGGCGUCAAGAUCAACGAUCGUCAAUCGGAAAUCGACUCGAUCCGCGAAGAACUCAAGAAGCAUCUCGAUAACUUGAGGACUCUUAGCGCCUUCCUCGACAAGGUGCAAAGGCAACUGCCGAAAGACAUCGUCCCAGGCAACAAGGACGAAGCCGACAAAUUGAACAGACAAAUCAAGCAAGUCUUGGAAGAGAUGUACGAAAAACAAUCUCUCCUCGAUUCCACCAGAAGUCAAGUUAAGGAUUUGAUCAAGAGGAAACCUUCCGCCAUUGGAGCCGACAAUCUUAACGACGAGUUGGAGGAUGUCGUUUCCCACUGGAAGAGCUUGAGCGACCACCUCAAGAACAGAAUCAAGUUUAUGGAAGACAUGAAGGAGUUCCACGACACCCACGACUCUCUCGCUUCGUGGUUGUCCGCCAAAGAUCGCAUGUUGACGGUGUUGGGGCCGAUUUCCAGCGAUUCCCGCAUGGUGCAAUCUCAAGUGCAACAAGUGCAAGUGCUCCGAGAAGAAUUCAGAACGCAACAGCCCCAAUUGCAGCAUCUCAUCAACGUCGGUGACUCGGUGUUGGGCUACUUGGAUAACAACUCACCCGACCACCAAAAGAUUAACAACAAGCUCACUGCUAUUCAGCAGAGAUGGGCGGACUUGUUGGGCAAACUUGAAGAACGCGCCGACUCCUUGGGAGCCGCCGCUGACACUAGCAGGGAAUUUGACGCCCAACUUACCCGUCUUAAAGACGCCUUGCAGGGUAUUUCCGAUAAUCUCGAUGAAUUACCUCUCGACAAAGACCCCGAAGAGCAACUGCGCAAGGUGGAAAACCUGGAAAGGCAACUGGAAGGACAAAGACCGCUUCUGGCCGACUUGGAAGCCGCCGGUGCUCAUUUGUGCGACGUGCUCAGCGAUCCCGCUUCCCGCGCCGACAUUCAAGCCAAACUGGCCCAAAUCGGCAGGCAGUACAACGCCUUGCAGAAGAAAUUGGACCACAAGAAGGCCGAACUCGAGGGUUCGCUUCGCGACGGAAGGCAAUUCGAAGCCACGUGCGCCAAAACGCUCGGAUGGCUGGCCGACGAACUCGGCUCGCUGUCUGAAAAACUUCUUAUAUCCGCCAAUCGCGACGUUCUGGAGCAACAAGUGAACCAACACGAGCCAAUCUACAGGGACGUGUUGGCUAGAGAACACGAAGUUAUUAUGCUUCUAAACAAAGGUCGCGAUCUUCUCUCGAGAAAUAAUCGCUCUGACACUCGCUCUCUCCAACGCGACGUCGAUAAAAUUCAACAGCAAUGGGAUAAACUACGCAAAGAGGCUUUGGAUAGACACACCAGACUUCAAACUUGCAAAGAACACUGCCGCAAGUAUUACAAAGCGCUGGAAUCCUUCCUGCCGUGGUUGAGGCAAGCCGAAGACAAAUUGGACACUUUGAGACCGUCAUCCUUCCAACGCAAGCUCAUAGAAAAGCAACUUAAAGAAUUGCAGAACUUCAGAAACGACAUCUGGAAAAAAUCUGGGGAGUACGAGAAUACGCGCGCUCUAGGCGACACUUUCCUAACCGCCUGCGACAUCGAUAAGGAAAUAGUGAAGAACGAACUCGCGGAUCUUAAAGAGCGGUGGGAUAAAUUGAACAACGAUCUCAUCGAACGCACGCAGGCUUUGGAAGAUCAGGCGCGCAAAUUGGCCGAUUUCAACGAGAACUUGAGAGACCUCCAGCACGGUUUGGAGCGCUGCGAGGACAAACUCGCUUCGCACGACUCUCUCGGAGGCGCCAAAGAUCCCAAAAUGUUGGACAGGAUCAAGGAGUUGAAGGAAGAGACGGCUAAAUUGAAGAAACCGUUGCAGCAAUGCAGGAAGCAAGCCGAUGAUCUAGUGAAUGAAGGUUCCGAUAACGGCAUCGACGCUCACCAUCUAAGAGACGACGUCGAUGGUUUGGCCGACCGCGUCGACGAGUUGACGGGUAAAUUGGACGACAGGCUGUCUCAACUGCAGUCCGCCGCCACUGCCGUCACCCAGUUCAACGACAAAGUCAAGGGACUCGGCACCGACUUGUCCGGUCUCGAGAACGAACUCGACAACAUGAAACCACCAGGCAGAGACGUUAAGACCGUGCACGAUCAAAUCGACGAGGUCGGCAGAUUCAUCAGCAAGAUCGGCAAAGCGUCCGACGACGUAAACGAUGCCAUUAUGGACGGGGAACGUCUAGUCGACAGCGGUUUCGCCCCCGACACCGCUCAGACCCGCCAGCAAGUCGAAACGCUUAAGAAGCAACUCGGCAAGUUGGACGAUCGCGCUCAAAACCGAGAGAAAGAUUUGGAAAACACGCUUAAAAAGUUGGAAGACUUCUACAUGGCGCACUCGAACGCCUUGGAGGAUCUCCACGGUGCGGAUUCUCAGGUGCGUAAACUUAAACCUGUCGCGUCCGACGUCGAUAACAUCCGCGCCCAGCAGCAAGACUUCAAGAAAUUCAGAGCGAAGACCAUCGAGCCUCUGGCCAAAAUGAUCGACGGUUGCAAUAAGGUGGGUCAAGGUCUGAUCCAAUCCGCUGCCAUUGGCGUUAACACCGCAGCUUUGGAAAAAGAUCUUGAAAAAAUGAACGAUUCGUGGAACGACCUCAAACAAAGGAUCAACGAUCGCGAGAGGAGAUUGGAUAUCGGUUUAUUGCAAUCCGGCAAGUUCCAAGAAGCUUUGGACGGCCUAGCUAAAUGGCUAACCGAUACGGAAGAAAUGGUUGCCAACCAAAAACCGCCGUCAUCCGACUACAAAGUCGUGAAGGCUCAGCUGCAAGAACAAAAGUUCUUGAAGAAGAUGCUGCUGGACAGGCAAGGAUCCAUGUCCUCGCUGUUCGGCAUGGGCAACGAGAUCGCCAAAGAAGCCGAACCGGCCGAACGCAAGGCCAUCGAAAAACAACUCAAAGAUCUUAUUGGGCGCUUUGACAAUUUAACCGAAGGCGCCCAACAACGCACUCUCGCCCUGGAACAAGCCAUGAGAGUGGCCAAACAGUUCCAAGACAAGCUCAUCCCGCUGCAAGAGUGGUUGGACCGCAGCGAAAAGAAAGUCAAAGACAUGGAAAUCAUACCAACUGACGAGGAGAAAAUCCAAAAACGCAUCCGUGAACAUGGACAGUUGCAUAACGAAAUCCUCGAAAAGAAACCCGACUUUAGCGAACUUGCCGACAUCGCAUCUGCACUCAUGUCUCUUGUGGGCGAAGAUGAGGCUGUUGCUCUCACUGACAACUUGCAAGAAGUUACCGAUCGCUAUGGCAACUUGGUUGAAGCCAGCGAGCACAUCGGUGAGUUGCUUUCCGCUUCAAGGCAAGGUUUAAGGCACUUGGUGUUGACUUACCAGGACUUGGCCGCAUGGAUGGAUAACAUGGAGCAAAAACUAGCCAGAUACAAGGUUCUUGCAGUCCACAAAGACAAACUUCUCGAGCAAAUGGACGACUUAACUGGACUCACCGAAGACAUUGCGAACCGUCAAAGCGAUGUAGACAGUACCGUGGACGCUGGCGUUGAACUUAUGCGCCACAUUUCAUCCGACGAGGCAUUGCAGCUCAAAGACAAACUCGAUUCGCUGCAAAGAAGAUACAACGACCUCACCUCCCGCGGUGCUGAGCUAUUGAAACAAGCCGAGGCUAUGUUGCCGUUGGUUCAGAAGUUCCACGAUAAGCACAACCAACUGGUCGAUUGGAUGCAGGGGGCGGAGUCCAUCUUGCAAUCCGCCGAUCCAAGAGAAUCCGAAAUCGUCAAACUCGAAAUGGAGUUGCAGGAACUCAGACCUGUUCUCGAAAGCAUCAACAUUAUCGGACCGAAACUGUGCCAAGUGAGUCCUGGAGAAGGAGCCGCCACCAUUGAAGGUUUGGUUUCCAGAGAUAAUAGAAGGUUUGAUGCCAUCGCCGAGCAGAUCCAAAGAAGAGCUGAGAGAAUUACUCUCGGCAAACAGAGAGCACUUGAGGUGACAGGCGACAUUGACGAGCUUUUGGACUGGUUCAGAGAAGUCGAAAGCCAAAUCAGAGACGCGGAUAAACCGUCAGGCGACCCUGAUGUCAUUCGCGUGCAACUUAAAGAGCACAAAGCGCUUAACGAUGACAUCUCUAGUCAAAGAGGUCGCGUACGUGACGUCUUAGCCACCGCCAAGAAAGUGCUUCGUGAAAGUCCACCAAGCGAAGAUAUGACGCUGAUCAGAGAAAAAAUGGAAGACUUGAGAGAGACUAUGGAUACAGUAUCCGCCUUGAGUUCGGACAGAUUGGGAAUCUUGGAACAAGCUUUGCAAUUCGCCGACCACUUCCACGAUACGCACAAUGUGUUGGCCAACUGGCUGUCCGACAUGGAAGAACAGGUCGCCAUGUUGGCUAUGCCAAGCUUGAGAGCCGACCUUAUCGCCCAGCAGCAAGACCGCAACGAAAUGUUCGUUCAGUCGAUCAACGAGCACAAACCACUUGUCGACAAACUCAACAAGACCGGCGAGGCUCUCAUCCGUCUGUGUAACGACGAUGACGGCGCUAAAGUGCAAGAAGUCCUCGACAGCGACAACGCGAGAUACACCGCGUUGAAAUUGGAACUACGCGAGAGACAGGAAGCCUUGGAAAAGGCGAUGCAAGACAGCUCUCAAUUCAGCGACAAACUCGAGGGUAUGCUUCGCGCUUUGACCAACACCGCCGACCAAGUGAACAACCUCGAACCGAUCUCCGCUCACGUCCCCAAGAUCAAGGACCAAAUCGAGGACAACGAUGCUCUUGUCGGGGACUUGGACAAACGCAAGGAAGCGUACGCUGCCGUAAAACGCGCUGCCGACGAUGUUAUUAACAAAGCCGGCAACCGCGCCGACCCGGCCAUCAAAGACAUCAAACGCAAGCUGGACAAACUCAAGGGCUUGUGGGACGACGUGCAAAAAGCGACCUCGAGCAGAGGCAGAUCUCUGGAUGAUGCGCUCGAAGCCGCCCAGAAGUUCUGGAAGGAGUUGCACGCCAUCAUGGCGACUCUCAAGGAUCUCGAGGACUCUCUCAUCAGCCAAGAGCCUCCGGCGGUCGAACCGAAGGCCAUCCAGCAGCAGCAACUCGUUUUGCAGGAUAUCCGGCAAGAAAUCGACCAGACCAAACCUGAUGUGGAUAAAGUACGAAGCAGCGGCAAGAAAUUGAUGCAGCUGUGCGGCGAGCCCGACAAACCGGAAGUCAAGAAGCACAUCGAGGAUCUUGACAACGCUUGGGACAACAUAACCGCUCUCUAUGCCAAACGUGAGGAGAACCUCAUAGACGCCAUGGAGAAAGCAAUGGAGUUCCACGAAACAUUACAGAAUCUGUUGGCAUUCCUGGAAAAGGCGGAAAACAAAUUUGACAAAAUGGGACCUCUUGGUUCCGACAUCGACCAAGUCAAAAAACAAAUCGACCAGCUCAACAAGUUCAAGGCCGAGGUUGAUCCUCACAUGGUUAAAGUUGAAGCAUUAAAUAGGCAAGCUCAAGAACUGACUGAAAGAACGUCAGCAGACCAAGCCACGGCCAUUAAGGAACCGUUGAACGCGGUCAACAAACGUUGGGACAGCCUGCUUAGAGGCAUAGUCGAACGUCAACGUCAAUUAGAGAACGCCCUCUUGCGUCUGGGACAAUUCCAACAUGCUCUCAGCGAACUCCUCGUGUGGAUCAAGAGAACCGACAAGACUCUAGACGAGUUGAAACCGGUUGCGGGAGAUCCGCAAAUAUUGGAGGUCGAAUUGGCCAAAUUGAAGGUUUUGAUUAACGACAUCCAAGCUCACCAGACCAGCGUUGAUAUUCUUAACGACGCUGGAAGGCAUAUCAUUGAGAGCGGAGGAGCCGAAGCCUCAGUAACUCAAGACAAACUUAACACACUGAACACUCAAUGGAGAGCUCUGAUGCAGAAGGCAGCCAAUACGCAACGCGAACUCGAAGAUGCUCUUAACGAAGCCCAAAUAUUCAACACGGAAAUCCAGGAUCUCCUCGCUUGGCUCGGAGAUGUUGACGGCAUUAUUGCCGCCAGCAAACCUGUCGGAGGCUUACCGGAAACCGCUUCGGAGCAACUGGAGCGCUUCAUGGAAGUCUACAACGAAAUCGAAGAUAACAGACCCAAAGUCGAGACGGUUCUCGCCAAGGGGCAAGAAUACCUCAAGAGAGGUUCGAAUGCCGCCUCGAAUCUGCAGCACAACUUGCGCACGUUGAAGCAACGCUGGGAUUCCGUGACCACCAGGGCCAACGAUAAGAAGAUUAAGCUCGAAAUUGCCCUCAAGGAGGCCACCGAGUUCCACGAAUCGCUGCAAGCGUUCGUGGAUUGGCUCACGAACGCCGAAAAGAUCUUGACCAACCUCAAACCCGUGUCGAGAGUUCUCGACACGAUCCAGUCUCAAAUCGAGGAGCACAAAGCGUUCCAGAAGGACGUCAGCGCCCAUCGCGAGAUCAUGAUCAACCUCGACAAGAAGGGCACGCACUUGAAGUACUUCAGCCAAAAGCAGGACGUCAUCCUGAUCAAGAACCUCCUGAUCAGCGUGCAGCACAGGUGGGAGCGCGUGGCGUCGAAAUCGUCCGAGCGCACGAGGGCUUUAGACGCCGGCUACAAAGAGGCUAAAGAGUUCCACGAUUCCUGGGCGGGAUUGAUGAACUGGCUCGACGAGACCGAGCACAAUCUCGACGAGCUCGUCGACGACGCCAUCGGGAACAACCCCGAGAAGAUCAAGAGCAGAUUGGCCAAACACCAAGAAUUCCAACGGGCCAUUUCCGCCAAGCAAGGCACUUACGAUAACGUCAUGAAAACCGGCAAGCAUUUGAAGGAAAAGGCGCCCAAAACCGACGAGGCAACCCUCAAGCAAAUGCUCGUCGAGCUUAAGAACAAGUGGACUUCAGUGUGCAACAAAAGCGUUGACAGGCAAAGAAAGCUCGAAGAAGCGCUUCUGUACUCUGGACAGUUCAAGGAAGCCAUCGCUGCUUUGGUGCAGUGGUUGAAGAAGGCGGAAAAAGAACUUGCCGGUGAUAACCCGGUACAUGGAGAUUUGGACACGGUGAACCACCUUAUCGAUCUCCAUAAGGUGUUUGAAAGCGAACUGGAACGCCGCAACGAGCAAAUGGAAUCGGUUACUAGAACCGGGCAGGAGUUGGAACGCAAAGCAAACAGCGCCGACGCAAGCCAGAUUAGAGGCCAAUUGGUGGAACUGAGCGAACUUUGGGAGUCGGUGACUUCGCUUACGUACGCCAAGAGCGACAAGCUCAGAGACGCGUUGAAGGAGGCCGAACGGCUCGACAAAUCUGUGAACAUGAUUUUGGAUUGGCUCUCCGAGGCGGAGAUGAAGUUGAGGUUCGUCGGGAACACUCCCGAAGACGAAGCCACCGCUUACGCCCAAUUGAAAGCUCUCGACGAGUUCCGCGCGCAACUGGGCGAGAAGGAAAUCGAAAAGAAUCAAACUUUGGAUUUGGCGCACGGCAUACUCGCCAAGGCUCAUCCGGACAGCAUAAACACCAUCAAGAACUGGAUAAAGGUGAUUCAGUCCAGGUGGGAGGAGGUCUCGCAAUGGGCUCUCGCCCGGCACAAGAAGCUCUCCGAGCACAUGCAGUCGCUUAGAGACUUGGACGAGAGUCUAGAGGAACUUAUAAGAUGGCUUUUGGGGCUCGAAAACACCCUCAUCGCUCUCAAGAGGGAGGAACUGCCGAUGGACAUUCCCGCCACCGAGGAACUUAUAGAGCAACACAAGGAGUUCAUGGAGCACGCGCAGAAACGUCAAUCGGAGGUCGACAGAAUUUGCAAAGCAAAACAAGUUAAGCAACCGGUUGGUGCCAAAGACGCCAAGAAAUUCCCCAAAGGAAAGCAAUCCAUCCGCGGUUCUCAGCAAGAUAUUCGUGAGCACUCACCCGAUACUUAUGGCUCUCUUGGCAGAAAACAAAGCUUCAAAGGCUCCAGAGAUCUGCUAUCGCAGAAAGGAAGUCGUGCCAGUCCCGGUCGUGAACUUAGUCCAGAUCCAUUAUUACCUCACUAUGGCCCAAGAUUCCCUGCUGGAAGCGAACCCGAAUUCCGUUCACCACGUGUCAAAUUCUUGUACGACAAGUGGCGUCACGUGUGGAUGAUGUCAUGGGAACGUCAACGAGAGCUCAACGACCACCUGGCUUAUCUCAAGGAAAAAGAAAAGGCCGACAACUUCUCUUGGGACGACUGGAGGAAGCGCUUCUUGAAAUUCAUGAACUACAAGAAGUCCAGGCUCACAGACUUGUUCAGGAAAAUGGACAAGGAUAACAACGAGUUGAUCCCGAGAGAUGAUUUCAUCGAUGGAAUUAUCAAGACUAAAUUCGAUACAUCUCGCCUUGAAAUGAAACAUGUCGCUGACAUGUUUGACUUGGACAACAGAGGUCUCAUCGAUUGGAAGAAGUUUAUCGCUGCUUUAAGACCCGAUUGGGAGGAAAAGGCUCCAGACAAUGAUGCCCAAAAGAUUCACGACGAAGUCAAACGUCUUGUAAUGCUUUGCACUUGCAGGCAAAGAUUCAAGGUCUUGCAAGUUGGAGAGGGAAAAUACAGAUUCGGUGAAAGUCAAAAACUUCGCCUGGUCCGUAUUUUGCGUAGUACCGUGAUGGUACGUGUAGGUGGCGGUUGGGUCGCCUUAGAUGAGUUCUUGUUGAAGAACGAUCCGUGCAGAGCCAAGGGUCGCACCAACAUAGAACUACGCGAGCAAUUCAUCCUAGCCGACGGCGUGUCUCAGACCAUGACCGCAUUCAAAUCUAAACCGUCGAGUUCGAGUCCCGCAUCGGCGUCCUCGCAAUCGUCACUGCGCACACCCCAAGGGCCGAUCACCAAGGUCAGAGAACGUUCCCAAAGGUCCGUACCAAUGGGAAGUCUACCGAGAACGCAUAAGUCGUCUUAUUCGGCCGGAACUCCAGACUCUCUAUCAGACAAUGAAUCGUCUUUCCGCACGCCAAGAAGGCCAUCGUACAGGUCCGGAUUGACUCCGGGAGGUUCCAGCAACAACUCCAGGCCUGCGUCCAGAACGGGAAGCAGACCCGGAAGCAAACCACCAUCCAGGCAUGGGUCCAACCUAUCUCUGGAUAGUGCAGAUGAUGGAACCCCGAGCAGAAUACCAAGAAGGACGCCUACCUCAGGGAGAACAAGUUCAACCAUUUCUUCCGCCAGGAAAACCACCAAUGGAUCAAGAACGCCAUCUGGAUUAAUUUCACCAGCCAGUCCUGCAGCUAGGAGUACUGGCAAAAUUCGACAAGUCACGAUCGCAACUGGCCCGAAUUUAAGGACAGCAGCUAGGACACGAACGCCCUCUGGCUCAAAUACCCCCGUACCUUUAGACCAACCGACCGCAGUAUCCCGGCUGCUGAGCAGGAGGCCAACCGGAUCCGGAGAACCGGGUUCAGCCCGGAAGAAAUCCACGUGCGAGGGCCGCGAGCCGUUUAGGUUGUAA